AUGGCCAUAGAGCCGCCGGUACAGCAGCUCCGACUGCCGGACCAAGCCCAUUCGACGCGCAAUCCCAACAGCUACAAACCCCAACAGGGCGCUUCAUCAGAAUCUUCAGACAAUUCUUCGAAAUUGCAGCGCAUUGAGGCGAUCCAUGUCGCGAUUUCGGAAGAGGAAUUGGACUGGGCUCGCAAAAUUAUUUCCUUAGAGCAAUUUGGCGAAAUCGCCGCAAACUUGUCUCAGAUGCGCCGUCAAAUUCGAACGUCUUCCGGUGAAGUUAGUGAUAUUUCUACCACUGGGGAAUCUUCCCCAGGUCCUGGAGUUCAUCCUACUAAAAAUUUAAAUCAUUUUGACGGUGCAAUCGCCGGCAACACUAAUUCCAAUAAAGCUACCGGAGCUCCGAUCAACAAUGAAAAUAAUACUAUACAACAAAUGACUCAAUGCGACAAGGAAAACACCCCUGAGGUAACAACACCAGUUAAUCAACAAGAGAAUAACAUUUACAAUUCUUCCAAUAUACAGAGCAAUGCUGCAGCACAAGCAGAGGAGCAAAACAGUGAAGAAGAACGGGAAUCAAUCAGGAGGAUGAGCAUGCUGAACCAAGGAAACAAUCAAGACAAUGAGCAUACCCCAUAUCAAAGGGUGGAAGUUGUGAAUCAAGAACAAAUGCCCAGGAACAACCAGGUAAUCACAGAUGAAAAUGUCCAUGGAAAAACGCAGGUUGAUCAAGCUGUAGCAGCUAAGCAAAACCAGGAAUGGACUAUGCCAAAGACUAAGGAACAGGACAAAAAUUCAAUGGCUAAACAACACAAUAAUGGGGAGAAAGUCAUCUGGAAAGUGAAGGACAAUAACAAUCCUAGAAAUAAUACAAUACAACAAAGCAAGGAGGACGGAAGGAAUCAACAAAACAUCAGCAGCAUGGAGGCAGGUCAAUCGAUGAAGCUACAAUUGUGGACUCCAACAUUCAAACCUGCGGAGGAGACACCCAUAGUACCUAUUUGGAUUACCUUGCCGGAACUUCCUUGGCACUGUCAUUAUAUGGAUAUUCUAACUCCUUUGCUGUCCCCUAUUGGUAAAGCCUUAUAUUUGGACUCGGCAACUAUGCAUAAAACUAGGGGAAGUGUUGCUAAGGUUAGAGUUCAAAUUGACAUCACUAGAGAAAGACCUCAACAUGUUUGGCUGGGCUUUUCUGAAAAGGAUCCUAACUUGGGCAAAUGGCAAAUAAUUGAAUAUGAAGAUGUUCCAUCUUAUUGUAUAUAUUGUAAACAUCAUGGUCAUGUUAUUGGAGAAUGCCCAUUGAAAGAAAAAGAUGAAGAGAUCAAGAAAAACAAAGAUCAGGAGGCUGCAAAGAAAAGUCAGGAAAAACAGAGCACUCAACAUACUAAAGGUAUUCAACCAUAGGCUCAAACCAAGGAGAA